AUGACUCUCAAAACAGAAAAUACAGAAGGAGGAGAAUGGUCGAUCGACCUAAUGAAGCGUUUAUUAGGAGCGUUCGUGACCUUUCCGAAGGGCCAAGGAUUGAAAGAGAUCAUCCGUGGCUUCCAGGAAACGUGGAACUUUUCUAACUGUGCUGGCGCCAUUGAUGCCACGCACAUUCCCAUUAUUGCCCCAACAGAAGAUCACGCAGACUAUGUAAACAGAAAGGGGUGGUACUUGAUCAUACUGCAAGCAGUAUGUGACCAUAGAUACCGCUUUACUGACAUCUGUAUCGGGUGGCCAGGCCGUGUCCACGAUGCGAGAGUUUUCGCCAAUUCUCAGCUCAUGGCGCAGGCAGUAAAUGGGAACUUGUUACCAUCAUCGCCAGAAUGGACACAGGCCGUAGGACCUACAGAUGACAACAUCGACAUGCCAGUGGUCCUCAUUGGUGACGCAGCAUACCCGAUGUCUUCAUGGCUUUUGAAACCAUACGUUGACAGAGGGAGAUUUACUGAAGAAGAACAAACAUUCAACUACCGCCUGAGCAAAGCGCGAAUGACAAUCGAAAAUUCAUUUGGACGCCUUAAGCAGAGUUUCCUCUGCGAGGUAAAUGCAUAG